AAACCCGUCAGUAGUACAACGGCGUGUGUACAAGUGAACUCUCGUAACAGCUACAACCGAGUCUCAUGUGGCGCAGAGUUAAGGUCAUAUAAUCCGGUGUUUUCUCUCUGUUUAAAGGGAGUUUGUGGUGAAGUUGACUGGAGGACAGAAAUGGUGUUUCUGACGUUGUCUUGUUGGAUCAGAAGUCGUGGACCCGACAGAUAUUGGAAAGUCCAAGAACUUCUCAAGCAUGCACGGCACUUCAGAGGCAGGAAGAACCGCUGCUACCGCCUGGCUGUGCGGGCGGUCCGGAGGGCUUUCGUCUACGCCACCAAAGCUCGGAGGCUCAAGAAACGCAACAUGAGAACGCUCUGGAUCACACGCAUUGCUGCAGCGUCACGCGAGCACGGCAUGAAGUAUCCCGUCCUCAUGCACAACCUCACAAAGAGCAGCGUUCAGCUCAACCGACGUGUUGUCAGUGACCUGGCCGUCACAGAACCUCGGUCAUUCCUCUCCCUCGCGAAGCUGGCGAAGGCUCGGCAACAGGAAGGAUUCUGUGCAGCGUUGGGUGACGGCAAAGAGCCUCCUGGUGUCUUCUCCCGUGUUGUGGUGCUACACUAGCGGACUUGUUACAGUUACAGACUUCCAGUUGCUAUGUGGUUUAACGGGGCAGAGCUCUUGGUUUGUGGAGAUGUUCAUGAAACAACCAGACACACACUCACCUUCUUGCUUUACAGUUUCAAGAUUCUUUUUUUUUAAAGAAAAAUUAAUGGAGUCAAGUCAGUUUGUGUUUAUUUUUGUGAUACUCUGUUCUGUAAAUGAGACCAGGGUCUAGCCGCCAUUGUAAUAUGGGUCGCUUUGUGGAAAGGUGUCCACUUGGGGAGAGUGAUAACUGGCUGACCAGAGUAGACUAUUUUUGUGAUGCACUGACUGAACUCUGUCUCUUGCCUGCACCAUUUAUAAAUCAGCUGACAUGCGUAUAUUAUGGAGUCUCAUAUUGGGUCAGCCCCACUUUAGUCUUUGGUGUAAAAAUAAAUAAAUUUCCUCUGUCACUUGCCCCUUGUCCUUAGGGAGAUCUGAAACAGAGUUACUAAAGCUAUGUCCCUGAAGUGGAUAAGGAUAUAAAGUCUUGCUCAAGGACACUCCAUCAGUAGAGAUGAUUUUUGUUGCAGUGCCUUGAUCCUUGGCCUUGAAGGACAGACGGUUUCUCUACUAAUGUUUACCCUGCUGUCAGAAAGCAAAAUGCAUUUAUGAAAAGAGAAUUUGACACUGAAUUUUCCUGUUAUCCAGACUCUUGAUGACAAUAGACAACUCUCUAAUAUUGUUGAAACAUCUUUACAGGGGACUAGUGAUUCAUUCAAGAGUAUUUCUGAAAUUGUGUUUUAAGUCAUCAUAAGAACAUCAUCAUAAUCCAAGACAGAAGCUAACAUUAAAUAGCAUAGCAGCUGUGUGUCCACAGACAGACCUGCUCGAUUCACUGAUUUUCAUCCAACAUCUCUAUCACGCCUACCAGAGAUUUCCUACCAACAGAUGCUCCUCAGAAGCCCUCCUGAUUACCUCCAGUAUCAUGAUAGAGAAUGUGAUUAUCAAUAACCACCAUCUUCCCCGUGUAAAUCAUAUGCAACCUUUAAGUUAUGACUGGAUGCGGAUGGAUUGUGAGUUUUUUUUGUGAGGUUGUGACCUCAGACUUUAUCAUGUGAUGACUUUUGUCUUUGUGUAAAUAUAUAUUUUGCCAUUUCUUGUGGUAUGAUUGUCCUCUUAAUGUUUAGUUCAUUAAACAUUUUGAUAUAUA